GUUUAUUGUCGACUGUUAUCGCAACUUGAGUAGUGGUGUGUGGCGUCUCCGAUUUUGCUUUAGCGUGAAAAAAAAAUAUAAAAGUUAAUCGGUUAUUUCUAUUUUUCAUAUUUUGACAAAAAUUUAAGCAAAAAUGUCAGAAACAAAAGGUCGGCGACUUCCCACUGAGGAUCUUUCAAACGUUGAAUUCGAGACAUCCGAAGAUGUUGAGGUUGUACCAACUUUUGACAACAUGGGUCUACGUGAUGAACUUCUACGAGGAAUUUAUGCUUAUGGUUUCGAGAAACCUUCGGCAAUUCAACAAAGAGCAAUAAAGCCAAUAAUGAAGGGUAGAGAUGUAAUUGCUCAGGCACAAUCGGGUACAGGAAAAACAGCGACAUUUUCAAUUGGAAUUUUACAGUCGCUCGAUAUUCAAGUUCGUGAAACACAAGUUCUCGUAUUGUCACCAACUCGAGAACUCGCGACACAAAUUCAAAAAGUCGUUCUCGCUUUGGGUAAUUUUAUGAGCGUUCAAUGUCACGUUUGCAUUGGUGGAACUAAUCUUGGCGAGGAUAUCCGAAGACUCGACUAUGGACAACAUGUCGUUUCCGGAACACCCGGAAGAGUUUUUGAUAUGAUUAAAAGACGUGUACUAAGAACACGGGCAAUUAAAAUGCUCGUUCUUGACGAGUCCGACGAAAUGUUAAACAAAGGAUUUAAGGAACAAAUCUAUGACGUCUAUCGAUAUUUACCACCAGCGACACAAGUUGUUCUUGUUUCUGCAACUUUGCCCCAUGAAAUUUUAGAAAUGACUUCAAAAUUCAUGACUGAUCCUAUUAGGAUUCUCGUUAAACGUGAUGAAUUGACUCUUGAAGGAAUUAAACAGUUUUUCGUCGCCGUUGAACGUGAGGAAUGGAAAUUUGACACACUUUGCGAUCUUUAUGAUACAUUGACCAUAACACAGGCAGUAAUUUUCUGCAAUACUAAACGUAAGGUUGAUUGGCUCACGGAAAAAAUGCGAGAAGCAAAUUUCACUGUUUGCUCGAUGCACGGUGAUAUGCCGCAAAAAGAGAGAGACAAUAUCAUGAAGGAAUUUCGAUCUGGACAAAGCCGAGUGUUGAUCACUACUGAUGUUUGGGCACGAGGAAUAGACGUACAACAAGUUUCUCUUGUUAUUAAUUACGAUCUUCCAAAUAAUCGUGAAUUAUACAUUCAUCGAAUUGGUCGUUCAGGACGAUUUGGCAGGAAAGGUGUCUCGAUAAAUUUCGUUAAAACUGAUGACAUAAGAAUUUUGCGUGAUAUUGAACAAUAUUAUUCAACGCAAAUUGAUGAAAUGCCAAUGAAUGUCGCCGAUCUAAUUUAAUUAAAUGUAUUUAGUUUAAAUUGCGCUAUCGAUUAAGAUCUAUUCCUAUAUAUUUACUAUUACUUCUUUUUUUUCUCACUAUAAUAAUUUAACUUAAUAUUAAUUAUUAUGUUUAAUAAUAAAAGAAUAGUUAGUGACUUUAUAGAAAUAUAAGAUUUAUACUUUGAGUAUAAAAAUUAAGGUUACGAUUUUUUUUUCUUUUUUUUUUAAUUCCAUGAUAAUUCUGUCUUGUAAAAUAUUGUAAAAAUAUUCUCGAUAUGUUAUUAAUUGCUUUAAAUAAAAAUACAUUUUUCACAACA